GACCCACUCACACACCUGUCAGCCGACACACCUGCCCUGAACUCGACAAGCCGCGCUCUACGUCCUCAGGACCCUCCAGGCUGCCAUCCCGAUGUCGCUGUGUGUGACCUCACAUUUCUGCCUCCUGGUCCUGCCAGUGAUGUCACUGCUGCUGCUCUUCUCUCCUAUUGGUUGGAGCCAUGAUAGCCUCACUCCAGGGUGUCACCUACACCCCUUCAACGUGACCAUCCGCAGUGACCGUCGUGGCACAUGCAAAGGCACCCACCUGGUCUACGCCUGUGUGGGCUACUGCGAAUCCAGCGCCUUCCCAUCCAGGUACUCCGUGCUGGUGGCAUCCAACUUCACCCACAACAUCACCUCCGCUUCACGAUGCUGCACCAUCAGCAAGGAUGCUAAGGUCAAAGUUCGCCUUGACUGCCCUAGAGGUCGUCACCAUGACGAAAUAGAGAUCCUGACGGCGAAGGCGUGUCUCUGCGACAUGUGUCGCAAGUCUCGCUACUGACACAUCAAGACAUUCAUGCACACCAGUUGUACCAACACAUUAUCUUCCUGUUCAGUUAGCGGUACAAGAGUUUCAGUGAUGUACCAGAACUAUCCUUUCUCUUUCUUUUGAUUUCUUUUAAAUGUUGAAAAUAAAAAUCCACUUAAACUUAUUUAAGUGGA